AUGAAUGGAAUCCAUGAUUCCAUAUAUUUAGCCUUUUGGACGUCGUUCGAGAAAGAAACACUGCUAGUGAUACGCAGUCCAUCAGGACCUAAUUGGCGACGUGCUUCUGAAAUCAUGUUAACAACCAAUCCGCAUGUACAAUAUGCGGGAUCAACAGGCAUCGACCACGUUCACGAUCCAGAUCGUUAUCUCGUGCUCGUCCCUCUUGGUGCUGGUUUCACCGAUCUUAUGGCCCAAAAGCACGCAAGUGUCGACCACCUUGAUCCUUCAAGCCGCGUUCCAACACCCCUUUAA